AUGAACACCACAGCAUCAUCGACCGCCGAAGGUGGCACUGCAGCGUCGCUUAUCCCGAGCCUCUUCCCGCCCCGGAAGCCGAUGACAGCAGAGCAGAUCGCAGCGGGCGUCGAGGCUGCGCUGACAGUGCAGCGCCGCGCCGUCACGUUCGGCAAGCGGCCCUUUGCGGCGGUGCUCGUCGGUCCCGACAACGAGACAGUGCUGCUUACGCACCAGUCAGUGGAUCAGGUCAACCACGCAGAAAGCUCGCUGGCUCGGUUGGCAUAUCAGCACUACUCGAAAGAUUUUCUCUGGACGUGCACCCUCUUCAGCACUUGGGAGCCGUGUGGAAUGUGUACGGCUACGAUUUACUGGGCGCACAUUGGUCGGAUCGUGUUUGCAGGGAGCAAUGAUCAGCUGUACGAGCUUACGGGCCCUGGAAAUAAGGAGAACUUUACGAUGGAAUGGCAUACUAGAGAUUUCCUUAAGGGCUGCCCUCAGAAGGACGUCGAAGUCAUUGGGCCGUUGGAGACCGAAGGCAAGGUUGUCAUGAAGGAAAGCGACAACUACUGGAGUACGACGAGAAGCGUCCGAAAGUGA